UGGGAGGGCGCGGCGGCGGAGGACGGCAGGGCGCCCAGUGUUUGGGAUACCUUCGCGCACGCCGCCGGCCAUCACCCUGGAGAUGGUGAUGUAGCAGCUAAUGGUUACCACAAGUACAAGGGAGGCAGCCUUGGCAUGGUGCUAUUUUUUGAGGGAGUGGGUUGCUUGGGAGGUGUAUAAUAUAAAUGAGAGAUGGUGCUUUGUAGAUGGUAACUUUAAUUAAAGGAUAGUUGAGCUAAAAUGUUUUAUUGAACAAGCAUUUUGGCUUCUCAAUCAAAUAUUAUAGUUUUCCCUUACUUUAGCCUUAAGUUAUGGUUUUUCAGAAGUCUUUCAUUUUUAAUAAUUAUGUAUGAUUUAUGUUGAAGCCCUAGUGCAAUGGACAUUGCGCUGCUUAUUAGAGUUGAGCUUAUUGUAUUUUUAGGAAGGUAUGGUACCAUACGCAAGACUGUAACUGUAAAACUUGAUCGGUAUAUCGGUAUCACUUGUUUUGAGGUGCUUCAGCAGACCUACGUUUUAUUGUAAAUAAACCCAACCUGCUAUGUUGUAACAAGUACCGAAACUAGUUCUAUCAGGCAAGAGAAAAGUAGAUCUGGGUAAAUUGCAAGGCUCUGUUCUUUUUCUGGAGGAAAGCUGAGUGUUAAUAAAUGGCAAUUGUUCAUCAUUUCUUUACAUUUGUUAUAGGAGGAUGUAAAACUAAUGAAGGAGACUGGAUUGGAUGCUUUUAGGUUUUCUAUCUCUUGGCCAAGGCUUAUUCCCAAUGGCAGAGGAGAAGUCAACCCAAAAGGAUUAGAGUACUAUAAUAAUCUUAUCAAUGAACUUCUGGAUCAUGGAAUUGAACCACACGCUACCCUUUUUCAAUAUGAUCUUCCUCAAGUCCUUGAAGAUGAAUACAAUGGAUGGUUGAGUCCUCAAAUAAUUGAUGAUUUUACAGCAUAUUCAGAUGUCUGCUUUAGGGAAUUUGGCGAUAGGGUUACGAAUUGGACUACCCUAAAUGAACCUAAUGCUGCUGCAUUGCUUGGCUAUGACGUUGGAUUUGCACCACCCGGGAGGUGUUCUGAGCCAUUUGGCAAUUGUCCCAAUGGAAAUUCUGUAACUGAGCCUUACAUUGUAGGUCAUCAUAGUUUGUUGGCUCAUAGCUCAGCUGUAUCAUUAUACAGGAAAAAGUAUCAGGAAAAGCAACACGGAGUUAUUGGCAUGAAUAUAUUUAUAUAUGACUUCAUACCUUUAACCAACUCAACAGAGGAUACAACUGCAACUGAAAGAGCAAAGGCCUUCUACACUGGCUGGUUCUUGGAUCCGCUUUAUCAUGGAGACUAUCCAGAUAUAAUGAAAAAGAAUGCUGGUUCCAAGCUGCCAAAAUUCUCUAACAACCAAUCUGAACAAUUAGUCAAUUCUGUUGACUUUCUUGGUGUAAAUUACUACUCAAUAAUGUAUGUGAAGGAUGAUCCACAAGCUGCUUCUAGCAAUGAACGAGAUUUCCUGGCUGACAUAUCUGCUAAAACAAUAUAUACGAAUACUGCUACCAUUCAGUAUCAUGUUCCACCUUAUGGUCUCCAGGGAGUGCUUGAAUAUUUCAAGCAAUAUUAUGGCAAUCCUCCCAUCUACAUCCACGAGAAUGGUUAUCCAAUGAACCAGGAUGUGGUAUUUGACGAUGGCCCUAGGGUGGAAUUCUUGAGUGAGCACCUUACAAGCCUAGCGGAUUCUGUCAGGAAUGGUUCAAACACCAAGGGCUACUUCGCCUGGUCCCUCAUGGAUCUAUACGAGCUUCUCGGUGGCUCUACAUAUGGCCUCUACUACGUGGACUUCGCAGACCAGGAACUGCAGAGAUAUCCAAGGCGCUCUGCAAUUUGGUACGCAGAUUUCCUGAAGGGCAGGAGAGCCGCGGUGCCCGGGAGAUCUUCAGAUUCCUCGCUGCCAGUGUCCAGUGUUUAGGCAGCACUGGAAGCAAACCGAUUGUUUCUGGAGCAUCCUGGACGCUCUUGUGAUUUCGAAUUCCGUGCAAAGGAUGGGUCUGUACGAUGAAAAACAGGGGUGGAAUUGUUGCGGGGUGUGUUUUUUCCUCUUCGUAUUGUCUGGUCUUAGAGUUGGAGGUUGAAAAUCAAAUUUUUAUGAUAAUUGGAGGUCGAGUCAGUAUCAGUUUCUAUCAUUUGUUAGAGGGAGGCAGCGUUGGUCAAAUUGUGAAAAUUGGCCCUGUGCUAUUCUGUUCAAUAGGCUGGCCUAUCCUUCUUCGUGAUUGAAAGAAAGUGAUUCUCUUGGAUAAA